AUGGCGAGCUGCUGGCUAGCGGGCAAGCGGGCAGCCACCCGACCUGGGACCCGGCUCCGGAGUAACCGGGCCAACAACGCUUUCCAGGACUCGUGCAGCCGCGGCACCCGCCAACAAAAUCACGUUCUAUUGGCCGCCGUUGUAGGCUCCACCAAUCGGAUGGCUCGGAGUCGCGAUGCCUUUUGGGGCCGAACGGAUGGCUGCUUAGCUGGCCAAACAGCCCAGGGACAGCUGGGAUUCUCUGCACCCCAGCAGCUGCCCCUGGGGCUGUGCCACAAGAAGGUCGCCCCUUAUCACAGCUCUCCUGAGUGGAACUGGCUGGAGUGGGAGAGGCAGUGGAUACAGAUGGCCAAGGAUUCUAGGGUAAAAAAGAGAGCAUUUGGUGCAGCAAAGCCAAAUGGGCCACAGAACUCUCAAGGAAAUCAAGACCUGGAGGUGGAGGCACCAAGCUGGAACACAGCUCCCCUGGGAGCCGCUCUGGGCAGGGCUGCCCCGCCCUGGCGGUUCUGGGUCCCGGUGGGUGGCCGACAGCGGGAAGUACCUCCCACGUCCCCGUCGCCCGCGCGGGGACUGCCACUGCCCACCAGUGGGCAGCCCAGGCCAGACCCUCUGAAAGACCUCGCAUUGUCUGUUUCCCAAGAAGCCGCAGUGCCACCUCGCGGCCGCCUUCAGAAGUGCAUGCUGCGACCUGGCGAGAAGCCCUGCGGGGAGGUACCUCCGUCCAGCCCAACCGGCUGCCUGCCUGGCAGGCGAGGAAGAGCGCGUCCCUGCCGGGCCCACGCUGCUGAAAGUGGAAACGGGUUCUGCAGGAUGCUUCGGCGUGCACCGAAUUCGCUCAAGAAUCCUCUACUUGCCAGGCUCUGUGCCCUGGGAUGGGGGCGCAGAGAGAGGAACGUGGGGUCGUGGAGAGGAGUGCCCCUGGCCUUAGCUCUAAGAGGUGGUUUAAAGGGGCUGUUGGGGAUUAUUAGGAGUAAACGACAUUGCACAGAGGCCAUCUCCGAGCGGCAUCACCAAGACUGUGUGAUGUCUGGACGCGCGCACAACCUGGAGAUAAAGAGGCUCGCGCUUGGUCGGGGGCGGGGCGAGCAGCGGCCUCGCGGAUUCGUGCGGGUGUGGAGCGUGGGCAGCAAGAGCAGCGUUCGCCACACCUCAGCCCGGGUCCCGGCACCGCCGCCUUCUGCGUUUCGGUUUGUGAGCGGGCCCGGCCCGGCCGGGAGCGAGAGCGAAACCCUGGAGCAGUCGCCGAAGUCGCCGGGUCCGGGAAAGGCAGGCGAUGCCCCCAACCGCCGACCGGGCCACGUCCGCGGCGCGCGCGUGGCGUCGCCGCCUGAGCGCCGCGCUCGCCUGGCGUCCCCCGGGCCCAGCAGCUCUUCCGAGGCCCGUGAGGAGCUGCGCCGCCGCCUUCUGGGCCUCAUCGAGCGCGGCGGGGUGGUGAUCUUCAGCAAGAGCUACUGUCCCCACAGCACGCGGGUGAAAGAACUCUUUUCUUCUUUGGGAGCUGAAUGUUAUGUCUUGGAACUUGAUCAAGUUGAUGAUGGGGCCAAGAUUCAAGAAGUGCUGUUAGAAAUCACUAAUCAGAAAACCGUGCCCAAUAUUUUUGUGAAUAAAGUGCAUGUAGGUGGAUGUGACCAAACUUUCCAGGCAUAUCAGAGUGGUUUGUUGCAGAAGCUCCUUCAUGAGGAUUCAGCAUAUGAUUAUGACCUGAUCGUCAUCGGUGGUGGUUCUGGUGGCCUUUCGUGUGCAAAGGAAGCUGCCAUUUUGGGAAAGAAAGUUAUGGUGCUAGACUUUGUUGUCCCGUCACCUCGGGGCACAUCUUGGGGUCUUGGUGGCACUUGUGUAAAUGUAGGUUGUGUUCCUAAGAAAUUGAUGCAUCAGGCUGCCCUUUUGGGGCAGGCAUUACAUGACUCAAGGAAGUUUGGCUGGGAGUAUAAUCAACAAGUGACGCACAACUGGGAGACGAUGACAAAAGCGAUUCAGAACCACAUCCGCUCUCUAAACUUUGGCUACGGGUUGUCUUUGAGGGAAAAGGCUGUGGCCUAUGUCAAUUCCUAUGGAGAAUUUGUUGAACAUCACAAAAUAAAGGCAACCAAUAAAAAAGGACAGGAAACUUAUUAUACUGCUGCACAGUUUGUCAUAGCAACGGGUGAAAGACCACGGUAUUUAGGAAUCCAAGGAGAUAAAGAAUACUGUAUUACCAGUGAUGACCUUUUUUCUCUGCCUUAUUGCCCUGGCAAAACGUUAGUGGUGGGUGCCUCUUACGUCGCCCUGGAGUGUGCAGGGUUUCUGGCUGGCUUUGGCCUAGAUGUCACAGUUAUGGUACGCUCAAUCCUUCUCCGUGGCUUUGACCAAGAAAUGGCAGAGAAAGUGGGUUCCUACAUGGAGCAGCAUGGUGUGAGGUUCCUAUGGAAAUUCAUACCUGUGAUGGUUCAACAGUUGGAGAAAGGUUCACCUGGAAAGCUGAAAGUAUUGGCUAAAUCCACUGAAGGAACAGAAACAAUUGAAGAAGUCUAUAACACAGUUUUGUUAGCUAUUGGUCGUGACUCCUGUACAAGGAAAAUAGGGUUGGAGAAGAUUGGUGUCAAAAUUAAUGAGAAAAGUGGAAAAAUACCUGUAAAUGAUGUGGAACAGACCAGUGUUCCAUAUGUCUAUGCUGUUGGGGAUAUUUUGGAGGGUAAGCCAGAGCUCACUCCUGUCGCCAUACAGUCAGGCAAGCUGCUAGCUCGGAGACUUUUUGGGGCCUCUUUAGAAAAGUGUGAUUAUAUUAAUGUUCCAACUACGGUGUUUACUCCUCUGGAGUAUGGUUGCUGUGGAUUAUCUGAAGAGAAGGCUAUUGAAGUAUAUAAAAAAGAGAAUCUAGAAAUAUAUCAUACUUUGUUCUGGCCUCUUGAAUGGACAGUAGCUGGCAGAGAGAACAACACUUGUUACGCAAAGAUAAUCUGCAAUAAAUUCGACCAUGAUCGGGUGAUAGGGUUUCAUAUUCUUGGACCAAAUGCCGGUGAGGUUACCCAAGGCUUUGCAGCUGCAAUGAAAUGCGGGCUCACAAAACAGCUACUUGAUGACACCAUUGGAAUUCACCCCACAUGUGGGGAGGUGUUCACAACUUUGGAAAUCACAAAAUCCUCAGGACUAGACAUCACUCAGAAAGGCUGCUGAGGCUAGGCCUGCUGCUGUUUAGUUUUCUUUGUCAUUCUCAUUUCUCUCAAAGAUAAGAAUGUUCUCAGAUAAAAUGAGCCUGUGCUCAUGACAGCUGCUCUGUUACUCAGGGACCAGUACAGGGCUCUCUUAUGACACUGAGAUGAGAAAGUAGACAAGGAGACAGGACAGCAGCAGGCAUCUGCCUUGUGGCCUCACUGACUGCGAGAAGCAGUGGGACUGCUUCCUUGACGCCUUAGCUCGCAGCCCCGUUAUGAGGUGAGCCAAGGCUGAUUCUCGCAAGCGAGGACUGAGCUUUCCUUGGAAAGACCUUUGAGUGGCACCAUUCACCUAAGUUAGCUUUUCUGGUCGCCGGUUAUCCCCUUUGCUUUGUUGUUUCUAUGAAAAUAUAUUUUCAGUUAUGAAACUC